AUGGCGGCCAGCAGCUCUUCCGGCCUCGCGCAGGGCACCAGCCGGUCGUCCAGCCCCCAGCUGUCCUCCACUCUACCACUCCCAGCUACCGGGGCCGGCUACACUGUAGAGUCUACCCCCAGAAUGGAGAGCACCGCCAGCCUGGCCCUGGCCCCUGCCAGCCAUCCGCCUGCGUCUGGAGGAGGAGUCGCAGUGGGGUACAGCUGCUCCCAGCCCCACACCAGCCAGGGCCCCACAUCCAGCAGCCGACCCCGGGGUCCUGUGCCUACCUCUGUGUCUUCCCACCAGGAGGAUGGUCACAGCUGCCAAGAGAAGGCAACCAAGAGCCGCACAGACUCACGGGAGUGGCCAGCCAGGUCGCUCUGCAGGCCAGGACCAAGUUCCCGCAGCCCGGACUCGCCCGGCCCGCAGCGUCCAACGCCCUCCUCCCAGCGGGCCCCGCAGAAGCUGCAGGCGCCGUCCCCGCCGCGGUCUCCCGUAGGCUCGGACCCGUGGGGUGGCCCUGUCCUCGGGCCCUGGGACCCCACCUUUACCAGCGACGCGCUGCCGUUCCUGGACAGGCUGCCGAAGCCCAAGGCGGGCCCCAGGCCGCCCUCCAUGCACUACUGCGAGGUCUGCAGGGUCAGCUGCGCGGGGCCGCAGACCUACCGGGACCACCUGGAAGGGCAGAAGCACCGGAAGAAGCAGGCGGCUCAGAGGACCGGCACACAGCCCAGCGGGGGUCCUAAAGGAUCCCAGAGCCUCCACUGUGGCCUGUGCGCCGUGUCCUGCACAGGGGCAGAUGCCUACGCUGCCCACAUGAGGGGAGCCAGGCACCAGAAGGUCUUCAAGUUGCACAGCAGGCUAGGGAAGCCCAUUCCCUCUGAGCCCACACUACAGAGUGUCACCCACACCCGAGGUUCGGACGGCGCCCCUGAGACCUCAGUCAAGCGUGAAGCACAUGCCGGUCACAGCUCAUACACCCAAGGCCGGCCAGCACCAGCCAAGGGACCAGCAGCCUCACACAAGGGACCACCAGAGCUGCAGGCAGUGCACAACAGACCUGGAGACAGGCCAUCAUCACACUUCAGGACAGAGGCCACCAGAGGAGGCCCUGGAGACACGGAGGCCGUGGGCACCGAGUACGUGGAGGAGGUGUGCAGUGACGAGGGGAAGGUGAUCCGUUUCCGAUGCAGGCUCUGUGAAUGCAGCUUCAAUGACCGAAACGCCAGAGACAUGCACCUGACUGGACGCCGGCACCGGCUGCAAUACAGAAAGAAAGUGGACCCUACACUUCCAAUAGCCAGCCGGCCCAGCGGCCCCAUGCAGAGGGUGCUGGCCAAGCGGCUGCAGAGGCAGCGGCAGCAGGCAAAGGCACGACUGGAGGAUGCACGACGCUGGAACUCUGAGCUGAGACAGCAAGAAGAACACAGCAGGCAGCCUGAGGAGCCUCCACAGCCCCAGGUUGAAGAGCAGCUGUCCGGGUUACCUGCCUGGGCAUUUCCAGCUCCCACUACCAGACCAGGGACUGCCACCACCCGGCGCCAGUCAGGGCGUCGGCCAGAGAGCAGCGACGACCGUCAUGUCAUGUGUAAGCACGCCUCCAUCUACCCCACCGAGGAAGAGCUGCAAGCCAUCCAGACGGCUGUAUCCCACACAGAGCGAGCCCUCAGGCUGGUGUCAGACACGCUGGCCGAGGAGAGCAGCCAGCAUGGCACCCUGGCGUCCCCACCACCACGGAUGCUCAAGGGCGUGGUGCGGGUUGGCAUUCUGGCCAAGGGCCUGGUACUUCGCGGGGACCACAGUGUACAGCUGACCCUGCUCUGCUCCAAGAAGCCCACACACUCCCUGCUGCAAAGGAUCAAACAGGAGCUGCCCCGAGAGCUGUCUAUAGUGGCAGAGGACAAGUACGAGGUCUCAUCUGACCGUGAUGCCAACAUUGUUAUCUCGGCCUGUGUGGAGCCCGGGGUGAAAGUCACCGUGUCUGCCACCUCCCCUCUGAUGCGGGAAGACCCCUCUGUAAAACAAGGACUGCAAGACUCUCUGCCCGACCCAGAGGACAUCCUGGACCGGGAGAGGUGCCUUGAGACCCUGGCAGCCCUCCGCCAUGCUAAGUGGUUCCAGGCUCGAGCCAGUGGCCUGCAGCCAUGCGUGAUUGUCAUCAGGGUUCUAAGGGAGCUGUGUCGCUGUCUGCCCCCCUGGGGGGCCCUGCCUGCCUGGGCCAUGGAGCUGCUGGUGGAGAAGGUUCUGAGCAGCGCCCCCCGGCCCCUGAGCCCGGGGGGUGCCGUGCGUCGGGUUCUGGAGUAUGUGGCCACAGGCGCGCUCCUCACAGAUGGCCCAGGGCUACAGGACCCUUGUGAAAAAGGCCCACAGGACGCCCUGGAGCCCAUGACCCCACAGCAGCGAGAAGACCUGACAGCCAGUGCGCAGCUUGCUCUGCGCCUUGUGGCCUUCCGGCAGAUACACAAGGUCCUUCACAUGGAGCAGUUACCUCCACGGACCAGAUUCGGGGCCGGGGCACGGGCCCGGAAGAGGAUGAGGGAGGCUAGUCAGGCCCAGGAGGGCGCCAGGGAGAGGAAGCGGGGCCGGCAGGGCACAGCAGGGCUGCCUUGAGCCAGCUGUCACCACCGACCCACACAUCCCACACCUGAACGGGUGUGGUCCCUCCAGCUGCUGGCUCCUCCUGAUGUGGGACGCCUUUGUCAUUGUGUCUGUAGGUUUAUUCACGAUGCUGUGGGGGUCCCUCUGAGGUGACCCCAUGCCCAUGGCUGUCACCCACCCAUCCCCAAGCCAUAUAGCAGUGACCUCCUUGGUACUAAUUGCUAUUUGAAACUCCCUUGAUGUCAUAAGAAGCCAAUGGGAUCUGAAUCGCUUCCUUGAGAUGACAGGAGGGGUGGCCUGGAAGAUUCUAUGGGUCACAGAGUGGGGGUAGAGGGGCAGAGAGCAAAGAAUGAGGUUCCACAGGCCCCAAACCCACUGUAUCCUUUACACAGACCCCCUUACUAGCUGUGAGGACACUGUCACCCCACAGUGCGACCCUAGCUCCAGUCACUGAGUGCCUUCUGCAGAUGGCCUACUCCGCCCCAUGUCAUCCUGUGCCCCAUUGGGCAUGGACACAGCUCUAUCCGUUAGGCCUCCUUUGGAUCCCCUGGUAUGACCCUUCA